AUGAAUCGUGGUAUAAAUGACAGUAAAGAUCUUCCAUCUGAAUAUCUUGAAGCAAUUUAUGAUGAUAUUGCACAGAAUGCUACAUUUGUGCAGACGGAGAGGAUGAUGUUCAAUUCAUUGAUCAUUAAGUGUGUCGUUCAAUUGGAACUUAUCCUAAUGAUCGACAAUGUCCUCUUUUUCCCAAGCACCAGCAAGCGAGAAGAUGAAGAUACUAUGGCUGAAUUACAGGGUCUCAACACUCCUCGACGAACCGCUAAACGAAAACACGACGGAAUGUUUCCACAUCUUACCUCUAACCAGCUGUUUUUGUUUUGUGAAGUGCUGGAGAACUCGUAUAAGUUUGCUAAAAGCUUCAAUUGUAACAACGAGCUGAGGACGGCGCUUUGGAAAGCUGGUUUUAAAGGACAGUCGAAGCCUAAUUUAUUGAAACAAGAGACGUCCAGUUUGGCCUGCCUGUUGAGAAUUCUCUUUCGCAUGUACGAUGACGUUGCGAGAAAGGAAUCAUGGGAAGGCGUCGAGGAAAAGGUGUUGAGGAUCUGCGAUGAAGCUUUGAGGCAGCUUAUUGAAUUACAGUCAGUUGGUCAAAGGGAUGCUUGGACGAGUUUACUAUUGCUUAUGUUUACCAGAAUUCUUCGUUUGAACGAUGAAAGAGUGAGUAGUGAUUUUUUAUAUUCUUAAAUGAUG